AUGUCCUCUAUCUCUGUGUCAUGGAAUGAAAAGCUGGGAAAAUGGUACAUCACAAGUUGCGAUGGAAAAUAUUACAGAGCAGCAGCAGUGGGCGCGUUGUUUGCUGGGCUAGCAUCAGACAAAUUAGGGCGUCGACCGGUGAUCAUCGCUGCAAGCUUUGUCUUCACAGUGGGUGCUGUGGUUUGUGCUGCUGCUGUGAACAAAAUAAUCCUGCUAAUUGGAAGAAUUCUUCUUGGUUUGGCAAUAGGAUUUGCAUCGAUGAUAGUGCCUGUUUAUGUGAGCGAAGCAGCACCGUAUUAUAUUCGUGGAGCACUGAUGACCAGUUUCCAGCUGAUGAUCACUUUUGGCCUGUUUGCUUCAAACAUAUUGGCCGGUUUGCUUCCUCAUUUUUGCAGCUCUGUCAACUUAGAAUCAAAAAAUCAAGGAAAAUGA